CUUUUAAUACAUAAUCAAAAACGAUCAACAGCCCUUUUGUUUUUAAUUUUUUUUUUUACAAUAUUGUAAGGAAUGCACACUGGUAGCGGUUACAUUAAUUUGAAGUGAGAUUUUUAGUUUGUACCUUUUUGCAUUAGUUAUUUAAAAAGUGGCUAUUAUAAAAGUGAAAUAGGUAUUUGUUUUGGUCAACCCUAGAUUUUUAGACGCUUGUUUGAGUUCAACUUCUUGGUUUCUUGACUUUUUCGUUCGUGGUAUUGAAUACUUUGAAACCAUUUGUUAAGUUCUACGUAUUUUUAGAUUGUUGUACCAAAAACCCAUAGACCCCUGCUAAAAUAGAUACGAUGGAACAAACAACAAUACGGACAACAUGCAGGACAGUCAGACAGUGUCGGCUUUUUUCGGUGGGUAUGGAAUCGGGUGAGUGGCUUGGUGGCUCGUAAUUGCCGCAGCACAUUUGCAUGGCCGAAGGAGUUAAUGGGGGUUGCCUGAUUUGUUUGUUGGUAGUACUAUUGCUAUUGCCAGCCGUAUUGUUGUUAUUCGGUUGCUGGCGCAGGUAUCGGUGCCGUAUAAAUACUUUCUGUUGACGACGCCCGGGCUCCAAUACGCCGGUUGUCGCUCUUUCAGAACAGUCGCCCGCUGCACUCGCCGGCUCCACUUCGAGUCGAUUUUUCCAGAGUUCUACGGUGCAGUUCUCCAGCUUUCGUUUUGGCCUCACAUAAUGCCAAAUUAUGCAACUGCCUGCUGUUGGCAGUAGGAGAAAAUAUAAUUUCAAGUAAUGAGCAAGCCAUAAAUUGUCCAGCUGUACCCACUUUGUAUCGAACUGUUCCCUACGUCAACGCAACAUGUGGGCGCUGUGACGUGCACUCGAUUGAUGCUUAUCCCCAGCUCAUUGAUAUGCCCUGAAGUGCCUAGGAAAAUCACCAGCACUUUGUGUAAAACUAGCAGAAAAAUCACACGGAAUAUGCAAUAAUCUGGAAACUGAUUGACUCAUGCAAUGGAGGAUCGCAACCGCAUCUGGACCACGGGCAACAUCAACCAUGGCUUCCUCAGCGAUAAUCUGCAGCAGCAGACUCUGCAUCUCCAGAGAUUGCAGACACCGGGUAACCUCAGCCUUCUUUCGGCACCCAUUCGAGCCAAUGGCAGUGGCAAUGGAAUCGCAACUGCCAAUGGACAUGGCCAGAAUUCUGCAACGGAGAGUGCGAAUGGGAAGCAGCUGCCCUACGAGCCCAUAUCUCCGAAUCUGAUUGGCAUACAAUCCAAGUUUCGUCGCAGUUACUACCACAAAGUGGUGCUGGGCGGACUUCUAGCCCUCGUAAUCAUUCUGCUGAUAGCAAUCAUAGUCGUAAGCCUAAGUAUUAAGAAAUCCACCCCGAUUUGCCGGAGCAAGGAGUGCAUCCGCACAGCGGCCAGCCUCAUCUAUGCGAUGGACGAGCAGACUGAUCCCUGCGAGGACUUUUACCAGUUCACCUGCGGCAGGUGGGCCAACGAGCAUCCGCGUCCGGAUUCGGUGACCUCGAACGAUUGGUUCCGGGAACGUCAGGCGCACAUAAUGCGCUUAGUAAGGGAAUUCCUGCGCUCGAAUAUCACCAAGUCGGAGCCGGAGGCUGUGGGCAAGGCCAAGACGAUGUAUAGGGCCUGCAUGGAUACGAAGCUGCUGGACACACGGGAUCUGGAGCCACUUGUGGGCUAUGUAGUGCGAUUUGGGCUGCCCGUACUGCCCUCGUCCUUGAAUCUCACCCUGGGAAGUUACUCCAAAUUUGCAUCGAAGACUGACAAUGCCAGCUACAAUUGGCUGCAGUCCAUCGUGGCCAUCAAACAACACCUGAGCAUGGACCUGAUCAUUGGCUUCGAUGUUUUUCCGGAUCCCUUCAACCGCACCAUCAAUCGCAUUGCUCUGGGAACUCCGGAGACUGACUCGGCGUUUCCUUUCAACAAUGAUGACUCUCAUAAGUUACUCCGAAAGAUACAUCGGAAAACCAUUUUUAUGCAAAACAGCGAUGAUGACGACGACAGCGAGGAGGACCGGGAAAGCGAAGAGGAGGAGGAAGCCAAGCAAACCAGCACGGGAAUGGCGGCCUACCUUCACUACGUCCGGAAAGUGAUCGAGAAGUACUUGCUCUAUGUGGAUCCGAAUGUCAACCAGGAGGAGGCCAGCCUGGGCAUCACCGAGUUGGUCAAACAGGGCGUUAAAGUGGCUAGAAAAGUACAUGAGUUAAAAGAGGAGGCCGAGAACAUGACGAAGCCCUCAAAAAAUCCGGCGGAUGACAUUAUCUACAUUUCCCUGAUGGAUCUGCAGAAUCAAACGGACAAAAAUAUAGCCCCCAAGACACUGCCCAUUUGGGUUCGCUACAUGGAGCUGAUCCUGAAUGGCACCCGUCAUGCGGGCAAUGUCCAAUUGACCAGCAAUUUGACCAUAAUAACCAGCCAGGCGGACAUCAUGUAUCUGCAGCAGGUGGUGGAGUAUCUGGAGGAGACCCCAGCCUCGCAUAUUGAGGCCUAUCUGUGGCUCAGCACCAUUGAGGAGCUGGUGCUGCACACGUCGAGUGCGAUGCGUCUGCUCCACUCGGAAUACAUGAGGGUGGCCAUCGGAACGGAGGGGAGCACCCCGCGCUCCCUGUACUGCGCCAAUGGAGUGAACAGUCUGUUUGGAAUGGCAGUGAGCUAUGUCCUGGCGGACGAGGAGUUCACCAGGGACAAGCUGCCGCGAGUGGAGCGGAUGCUGAGCGAUAUUCGGCGGUCGUUCGAUCGCCUGGUGAAGUCCACCUCCUGGAUGGAUGCGGCCACCAAGCGGAGGACCAUCCAAAAGUCAGCCGAAAUGAAGAGCUUCAUUGGCUUCCCCUCCUGGCUGCGCAAUGCCAGCGUACUGAAUGCCUAUUAUGAGGGGGCCGAGGUGAAUGUCAGCACCCAUCUGGAGAACCUCAUGGACUUUGUCCACUGGCAGAUGAUGGAGAAGCUGAACGAAAUGGAUAAGCCGGAGCCCAUUGGCUGGGCGACUUCGCCAUCGAAUGUGAAUGCCUUCCACACUUUUCAAUCAAAUGCAAUCACUGUGCCCAUUGCCAUUUUGCAAUACCCUUUUUACGACCUUGGUCUAGAGGCGCUCAAUUAUGGUUCGAUUGGCACUAUACUGGGCCACGAACUGACUCACGGUUUUGACGACAGCGGCAGGAGAUUCGACCGGUUUGGAAACAUGGUUGAAUGGUGGUCCAACCAAACCAUCGACGAGUACAUAAACCGCACUGAGUGCUUUGUGGAGCAGUAUUCCCGGUACCACCUCGCGGACAUUGAUGAAUAUAUCGAUGGCGAAUUGACGCUGGGCGAGAACAUUGCGGAUAAUGGUGGAAUGCGCGAGGCCUUUUACGCGUACCGCCUUUACGUGAAGGAAGUAGGCCGUGAGCGGGCCAAGUUGCCCGGACUGGAGCACUACUCCCACGAGCAGCUGUUCUUCAUCUCAUUUGGGAAUUUGUGGUGCGAAACAUAUACGCCGGCAGCAUCGCGGUAUGCCCUCAGCGAUUCGCAUUGUCCAGGUCAGAUGCGAUUACGAGGAGUUCUCUCGAAUUCCGAGGAAUUCGCCAGGACCUUCAAGUGCCCCACAGGAUCAGCCAUGAAUCCCAGCCAGCCCAAGUGCCGCAUUUGGUAGUGGACAUGCUCAACGAACAACCAAUUGAAACAGGAACAGUCAAGUGAUUUUUCUACCCAUUUGUACUUAAGUUAGGCAUAGGUUUAGAUCAAUUAUACAGGUGUCUUUUGCACGGUUCUAAAUGGUGGUGCAAUAAAUGGUAAACGCUUCUCCUCCGAGUUCGCAGCUCAAAUGUAGGCCUCGUUUCAAGUGGGCAAGCUAAGAAAUUAUAAUGUUCAUAGCAUAUUUCGGGGCUGAAUUUAAACUUGCUUAUUACAAUCACUUAUUCAAAUGUGAGUGUUGUAUAUAAUUUUAAUUUGUUA